AACAAUCCCACGAUUGCAUCGUUUGCUCCGCCCACAGCCUGUGGCGUAGUGGGACGAGGAUUGCAGCUUCAACAUCACAGCACGACAGCCCCUUCGAACUCCUGCACGACAAAUUAUUUGACGGCCAGCAAGCAAACUACUGCGGCCCACCAACAUCAUCAACUUCAUCACCAUCCCCUCACCCCCCUCCAGAAGUUUCGCCAGGUCGUUAUGGGGCUCUCAAACGUUACAUUCUCAGCUGUUACAUGAUUUGUCAUGCAAAAACACUAUCACGACUAUUCACACGACCAAGUCUGCCUUGCAUGACAACUUCUCGACGCGCUAAAUAGCACUAUAAUCCGUCCCAAAUCUGUAAUGCAAAAGGCGCAAUCUUCCUCCUGUACUUUAUUGCCACUCUUGCAUUACAAAUUCAUGUAACAGUUGAAAAUGUAACGUUUGAGAACUCCAUAGUCGUUCGUCGUGUGAUGUGGCGCCGGCGGGUUUUGCUGUCCCUCGACGCAGGCACGGCGACUACCCGUAUGGAUUGUAAAAGUGUCUGGGUCUCCUGGAAGAUUGCACCUUGUCAUGCUGUUUUUGGACUCUAAAAAAAUUUGUAUUGCAUGACCAGCAAGAGGGGACAGUUUUUGCUACACGGACAGGGCAUUUCUCAUGCGGAAUGUACAUCAGGAAGCCCUCGAAAAGUCUGCGAUGCUAGGUCAAGCAUUACAGGCAUCAUGGGACAUGAGAAAUAUGCAUGACAAAUCUUGCAUCCUUCCAGACCCAGACAUUUUUGCAUUUGAUAACCCGGACGUGCAAGCAACUCCACGCCAAGUCCAUGUCGCGUUUUUUC